UACGCAUCGCUAGCUAGGCGAGACGGGAAGCGACAACGCCGGCCUUGACCCACGUCGUACUAGCACAGUAGAGCUCAACAGAGUAGGCUACACAAGCGACAACGCCGGUCGGUCGGUCACUACGGCACCGAGUAACCUUUUUCUUUUCUUUGUUCUUGUGAGGCCAAUGCCAAGGACACAUGCAGCAGCAUCACCGCGGACUGCGGUGAGCAGCAAAGAUGUGCCAUGACUAUCGAGUCCCCGUCCCACCCACGCCGUGCGUACCACCCAACCAUCACGCCACCAUCAACACAGCACCUGCCCUCUGCGAUUUCCAGCUCCACUUCUUCCCCCUGCAGCAGUGGAGUAAUUUCUUCUUUUUCCAACACCUCACUCCCUUUCGUUUCGUUCAUCGAGAAGCCAAGGUGCGGAGCAGCAGUACUGCUGUUGCUUGCAAGCAGCAGCAAACAGCGCCGCUUGCCGGGACGCCGGGGCAGAGGCCGGAAGAAAGCAGGGGAAGGAGGGAAAGAUCCACCCACCCCAUUGCCGCGCACCGCCUUUUUAACCGCGACGCAGCGGCACAAAGAGAAGAGCACCACCACGACCACCACCUCCUCCCCCACAUCCACCAGAACACGCCGCGCAAGAAAAAAACAAAGCCAGAAAGCGAUCGAAUCGGAAUCGAUCGCUACAGGAGCAUCGCAAUUCGCAACGCGCUCCCUUCGGUGGCAGCCCGUUCGCCCGGAGGUCACUCCAUCAGUCCAUCCAGGCCGCGCGCGCGGGGUUUUCGUUCUUUUCCUCGCGUGCCGCCCCCACCGAGCAACUCCUCCUCCUCCCCGCGCUCACUCCACCUCCAGCUACUAAUACCGGGCGGUGCUAGCCUAGCUUUAGCUAGUACACCGAACGCCACGUUCCAGAGGCGGUGUUCUUUCUUCCUUUCUUCCUGUCUUCUCCCGAGGGGGGCCGGCGGCAAUGGCGGCGACCGCCGCGGUGCCGCGUGCGGCGGCUCUGCUUCUUCCCGCGGCGAUGCUGCUUCUCUGCCUCGCUGGCGCCUCGUCGGCGGCGAACGUGACGUACGACAACCGCGCGCUGGUCAUCGAUGGCGUGCGGCGCGUGCUCGUCUCCGGCUCCAUCCACUACCCGAGGAGCACACCCGACAUGUGGCCGGGGCUGAUCCAGAAGGCCAAGGACGGCGGCCUGGACGUCAUCGAGACGUACGUCUUCUGGGACAUCCACGAGCCAGUCCGGGGACAGUACGACUUCGAGGGCCGCAAGGACCUCGCCGGGUUCGUGAAGGCCGUCGCCGACGCCGGCCUCUACGUGCACCUCCGCAUCGGGCCCUACGUCUGCGCCGAGUGGAACUACGGAGGCUUCCCGCUAUGGCUACACUUCAUCCCCGGGAUCAAGUUCCGCACCGACAACGAGCCCUUCAAGGCGGAGAUGCAGCGGUUCACGGCCAAGGUGGUGGACACGAUGAAGGGGGCGGGCCUCUACGCGUCACAGGGCGGGCCCAUCAUCCUGUCCCAGAUCGAGAACGAGUACGGCAACAUCGACUCGGCGUACGGGGCGCCCGGGAAGGCGUACAUGCGGUGGGCGGCCGGGAUGGCCGUCUCGCUCGACACCGGCGUGCCAUGGGUCAUGUGCCAGCAGUCCGACGCGCCCGACCCCAUCAUCAACACCUGCAACGGGUUCUACUGCGACCAGUUCACGCCCAACUCUGCGAGCAAGCCCAAGCUGUGGACCGAGAACUGGAGCGGCUGGUUCCUCUCCUUCGGCGGCGCUGUCCCCUACCGCCCCGUCCAGGACCUCGCCUUCGCCGUCGCGCGCUUCUACCAGCGCGGCGGCACCUUCCAGAACUACUACAUGUACCAUGGGGGGACCAACCUCGACCGCAGCUCCGGAGGACCCUUCAUCGCCACGAGCUACGACUACGAUGCUCCCAUCGACGAGUACGGACUAGUCAGGCAGCCAAAGUGGGGCCACUUAAGGGAUGUGCACAAGGCAAUAAAGCUAUGCGAACCAGCACUCAUAGCAACUGAUCCAUCAUACAUUUCUCUGGGUCAAAAUGCUGAGGCGCACAUAUACAAGGCUGGUUCAGUUUGCGCAGCAUUCCUUGCCAACAUAGAUGCUCAAUCCGAUAAAACUGUCACCUUCAAAGGCAAUACAUAUAAGCUCCCUGCGUGGUCUGUCAGCAUCCUUCCUGACUGCAAGAAUGUGGUACUAAACACGGCUCAGAUCAAUUCUCAGGCAACAAGUCCAGAAAUGAGAUACUUGGGAUCCAAUACCGAAACAUUAGAUGACCCGUCCAUCACAGCAGAACUAGCGCUAUCUGGCUGGAGCUACGCCAUAGAGCCUGUUGGUAUCACAAAGGACAAUGCAUUGACAAAACCUGGACUGAUGGAGCAGAUAAACACCACCGCAGAUGCCAGUGAUUUCCUCUGGUACUCAGCAAGCGUUACUGUUAAAGGUGAUGAACCUUAUCUAAACAGCAGCCAGUCCAAUCUGCUUAUAAACUCACUUGGACAUGUUCUUCAGGUUUACAUCAAUGGAAAAAUUGCAGGAAGUGCUUCGGGCAGUGCUAGCAGCUCACUCAUCUCAUUCCAAAAACCAAUUACGCUUGUACCUGGGAGGAAUAAGAUAGAUCUUCUGAGUGCAACAGUUGGGCUGUCGAAUUAUGGUGCAUUUUUUGACCUGGUAGGUGCUGGAAUUACUGGCCCAAUAAAGUUGAGUGGACCAAAUGGUGCACUCGAUCUGUCUUCUGCAGAUUGGACAUACCAGAUUGGACUGAGAGGAGAAGACUUGCAUCUGUAUGAUCCUUCAGAAGUCUCUCCAGAAUGGGUCUCAGCCAAUGCUUACCCAAUCAAUCAACCAUUGAUCUGGUACAAGACCAAGUUCACGGCUCCUGCAGGUGAUGAUCCUGUUGCCAUAGACUUCACGGGAAUGGGAAAAGGUGAGGCAUGGGUGAAUGGACAGAGCAUUGGUCGAUACUGGCCAACAAAUCUGGCUCCACAAAGUGGCUGUGUUAAUUCAUGCAACUACAGAGGAGCCUAUAGUUCAAGCAAAUGCCUCAAGAAAUGUGGGCAGCCAUCACAGACUCUGUAUCAUGUACCCCGUUCGUUUCUCCAGCCAGGCAGCAAUGAUCUAGUCCUUUUCGAGCAGUUUGGUGGCGACCCAAGCAAGAUAUCCUUUGUGAUGAGGCAGACAGGAAGUGUGUGCGUACACGUGUCGGAGGCACAUCCAGCCCAAAUCGAUAGCUGGAUCUCUCCCCAACAGAAGGUGCAGAGACCUGGACCUGCACUUCACCUGGAAUGCCCGAAAGCAGGCCAGGUCAUCAGCAGCAUCAAGUUUGCAAGCUUCGGGACACCGAGCGGCACAUGUGGGAGCUACAGCCAUGGCGAAUGCAGCAGCUCUCAGGCUCUAGCAGUUGUUCAGAAGGCCUGCAUUGGGGUGAGCAACUGCAGUGUACCAGUGUCGUCGAAUUACUUUGGAGAUCCAUGCAGCGGGGUCACAAAAAGCCUUGUGGUCGAAGCUGCUUGUUCAUGACAUGUCUGAUAAAUGUUGGUUAGUUGGAAGCAAAAUCAGUUGGGAGGGGGUGAAACCUUCUCUGCGUAGACAAGCAGACAAAAGGAAUAAAUGUUCCCAUGGUGAUCAAAAGGAAUAAAUAUUCCCAAAAAAAUCUACAUGCAAGCAGUUAGAUGGUACACUUAGAAAGGGUUGUGUUGUUAAGAAGAUAAAUCCAUUCGUCUUGACAACAAAAGGUGAUCCUUUUGUCUAUACUUUGGUAAAAAAAUUCGAAACAAGGGAAUACUUUGUAUCUUAAUCAAGUUCAAUUACACUUGCAAGAUUAAACACAGAACUCCGUUGUCUGUUGAA